AUGCUACGCCAAGGCUUAGACUUCUUCCAUAAUGACUUUGCUGGACGUUUAUCUGCCAAAGUCAUGCAGACGGCACUAGCGGUACGACGAAUUUCCAAAGAACAAGCCGAUGCACGUGCGGUGAUGACUGGACGUGUAACCGAUGCCUAUACCAACAUUCAGACAGGUCAAGCAGCGAUUGGUGUGAUUGCAGCAACAACAGCCAUGAUUCUUAAACUUAACAGUAUGGCUGAGUUUAUGAUGUGGCAAACCUCUGCCCUAUUUGAAAAUGUCGGAACAAUUCAAGAUGGUCGUCAGAUUAAUAUCCAAGACAAAGAAGAUGCCAAACCACUUAUUGUGACUCAAGUUGCGGAAAAUAUCAAAUAUGGUCGUCCUGAUGCGACUGAUGAAGAAAUGUAUGAAGCAGUAAGAAAAGCCAAAGCAGAUGAGUUUAUUCCGCAACUUUCAGACUUAAGAGGUCGUACUGGCUAUGAUGCUUAUGUUGAUGCGCCUAUUUUAAUCUUGGAUGAAGCAACCAGUGCUUUAGACUCCGAAGUUGAAGCUGCAAUUCAAUCGAGCUUAGAUGAGUUAAUGCAAAAUAAAACUGUGAUCGCGAUUGCUCACCGUCUUUCAACCAUUGCUCAAAUGGAUCGUUUGAUUGUGUUAGAUCAAGGUCAAAUUGCAGAACAAGGUACUCACGAGGAACUGAUCGCACAAAAUGACAGACAGGUGGUUUUUUGGUUGAACCUGAACAAAAAGCCUCAGAGGAUGAAGAUUCAACAGUCAGUACUUCGUAAAUAA